AUGGUACAGUCUGGCGUUCUUGGUCCGUCAGAAGUCAAGAAUAAUGUUGACCUUCAUAUCGACCCAACCGAUUCAGAUUCCUCCAAGUCAUCUCCUCCCACAAAGGUGACCCCUCUCAUCUCUACACUUCCCCUCGCUGCACCAGAGGAACCUCGAAGCUGGUGGCAGCGACGACCGAAACAAGAUGGCGAUGCCGUUGCAACUCGUCGGUCCGUCUUUGACGACCCAGACAUGGCGAAGCGCUACCAGCCACGAUCCGACUGGGAGAAUCUCCAUCGGUUUGACCCUUCCGAGAGAUGGACUUUCAAUGAGGAGCGCAAGGUCAUUCGAAAGAUCGAUAAGCGAAUUAUGAUCUUCACUUGCGUCAUGUUUAUGGCUCUUGAGCUGGAUCGAUCCAAUCUGUCUCAAGCUGUUUCGGAUAACUUCCUGCCAGACCUGAAGAUGGACACCAAUGAUUAUAAUCUUGGCAAUACCGUCUUCAAGUUGUCUUUCUUGUGUGCCGAACUUCCCUCCCAGCUUGUCAGCAAGUUCCUCGGACCUGACCGUUGGAUCCCGAUGCAAUUGUGUCUCUGGAGUCUUGUAUCUGCGGGCCAGUUUUGGUUGGAUGGUAGGGCCUCGUUCCUCGCCUGUCGUGCGCUUCUGGCCAUCUUCCAGGGCGGAUUUAUCCCGGAUACGAUCCUCUACCUAAGUUAUUUCUAUACCGCAAGUGAGCUCACUGUCCGACUGGCCUUCUUCUGGACGGCGUACAACGUCGCCGAUAUCAUCAGUGGUUUUCUAGGAGCAGGUUUCCUCCAGUUGCGUGGCUGGCAUGGGUACGAGGGCUGGAGAUGGCUGUUCUUGUUUGAGGGCCUGCUGACGCUCGCGGUUGGCAUUUCCGCCUGGUUUCUGAUGCCCGCUGGACCCACUCAAACUUCAGGCAUACUCCGCGGUAAGAACGGUUGGUUCACUGAGCGAGAGGAACGGAUUAUGGUGAACCGAGUUAUUCGUGACGAUCCCAGCAAGGGCGACAUGCAUAACCGCCAGCCCAUCACUCCGAAGCUCCUAUGGGCGUCGCUCAAGGAUUACGACCUCUGGCCGAUCUAUGCCAUUGGUUUGACCUUCUUGAUCCCAGCCACACCGCCCGCCCAGUACUUCACCUUGACCCUCCGUGGCCUCGGUUUUAAUGUACUCGUUACCAAUCUUCUGACCAUUCCCCAUACGAUCCUGUCUAUCGGUGGCCUGCUGCUUAUUUCCUACCUGGCUGAGAAAUGGCACGAGAGGUCUCUGCUUGGUCUGGCAGUUCAGAUCUGGAAGCUUCCGUUCAUGAUCUAUCUAUACGUAGUAGACAUGAGCACAGUCAAUAGAUGGGUCUCGUUUGCAGUGCUGACACUGUUACUUGGUUCGCCUACUGCUCAUCCGAUUCAGGUCAGUUGGAACUCUCGUAACUCCAAUACUGUUCGUCUGAGGACAGUCUCCGCAGCUGUUUACAACAUGUCCGUUCAAUCUGCUGGUAUCAUCGCAUCCAACGUCUACCGCAAGGACGACGCACCGAGGUACCGGGAAGGAAACAAGAAUCUUCUAGCUAUCAUUGCGCUCAACAUCACGUUUUUGCCCCCUGUGAUGCCACCGCAGCGUCGAUCAUGGGUUGGUUGUGCGAGGUAUUUAAACAAGAAAAACUUCAUAUAUGUGUCCCCUUCUACUCCUAGACCAGGCCCAUCAAAGGUUACGUCGCCUCCUCCAGACCAGAAUGUCGAUGAAGCAGAAUGGAUACCAACUUCGUCAUCAGAGGACUCUGAGUCUUUACAACUUGUCGUCAGUCAACGGCAAAUGUCAAUGCCUCCUCUAACCCCCUCAGUCGAAUUCUUCGGUCAUCUAUCUCCCCUGCACAGAUCAGGUCUACAGUACUUCACCGAGAGGACCGUCAAAGUUCUUGCGCCACAUCCACAGAUUUUUGAUGAGUUAUGCGAACUCAUCUUGCCAAUGGCAGUCUUCAAUGAACCUUUACUGCAGGGCAUUGUUGCGCUUGCGGCCACUCACCGACUUGCGACCUGCAAAACAAGCGAGGAGCGGUCCUCGCAGGCGCUUAUCGUUGCUGGCUUUCAAGCUCUUAGUUCCAGAUCCCUUUGCCAAAAGCUCUCAGAGUGUGAUGAAGACCAACAACUCAUUCCACUAUUAGCCGCAUCGAGAGCGUUGUUUGUAUGCGAAGUCUUCGCCAGUGAGCCCAGCCCGGAUCGAUGGAGUGUUCACUUCCGCGGAGCUCGUGGACUCAUAUCUCGGAUCCAGGAUAAGGGUCUUUCACAAAACCCGACGGACGAAUUACGAUUUUUACUACGAUGGUUCGACAUGACCGAAUCGUUGGUUUGUCACUCAAUGAGUGAUCUUGCCCCGCAACAAUCGGCUAUCCCCUCACCGACAACGCUCGCAUCAGAAACAGAUGACGAGCCUGUAUAUAUCGAUAUGUAUCUCGCGCGUACAAAGGACCUUCUUGGGGUGUUCAAAGAGAUUGCACGACUAUACCGGAUCAACAACGAUGGGACGGCAUCCGAGACUUCAUCAUCACAGGGCGGCCAAGAUGAUGCCGAGGUCUGGUGGCUACUCAACUAUCUACAAUCCAUAAUCGACCGAGAUCAAGCGACUCCGCCGCCGGUCAUGUCAAUACGUGGCCGCGUCUUGUCUGUUGCCGAAGUCCAAGAAUACCGACUCUCAAAUCAGAUUUGGCAGCUCACAGGCCUUCUUCUCAUCCAUCGACGUUUACGCCAUGAAAGAAGAUCGUCACCUCUCGUGCAAAACCUCGUUAAUCAGAUUCUCGGGUGCGCAGAGCGUAUGACACUACGAGAUGGCCUCACACCAGUCACUCUGCUUACUCCGCCCUUGUUCUUUGCAGGAUGCGACGCACUUGGUGAUGAUAGGCCGCGGAUAAAGACUUCGCUGCAGGGCGUUUCCACUGCGCUUGGACUUUUGAAUACGCAACGAGCAUUGGAAAUACUCGAACAGUAUUGGGAAGCUGAUCCGGGUAUUGAUGAUGAUCUGGCUGAUCGGUCAUGGCCUAAGAUCAGUCAGUUUCUACCGUACUAA